AUAAAUUACAAAAUUGAGAAAAUGACCGACUGUCCCUCCAUCGUAGAUGCCAAUCCUGAAUCUCAAGAUCUAUCUUACAAAAAGAGAUUGCAAUUGCUUGAAAACGAUGCACAAAGUUUAUACAAGUUUUGCAUAUCCAAAGGUUUCUCCACCAAUCAAAUGAAGACAUGUUUGACUCCUUUACUUGGAAAACAAGAACCGCUUGUAACUCGUAUAGCAGUUGGGUCAUCGAGGUCUCUUUUUAAGUUAUCUGUUUUAUUUGGCGUAGUCGCGAUACUUUAUGGUUGGCCAACUUCUAAUAAAAUGGUCAAUGUGCACAUGAGAUUGCUCAGUGUCAAGACGAUACCUUGGUGGGAUUGGACAGGACUUUACGAAGAAGACUGCCUGAUCAACAAUCCCUAUUUACCGGAGAAAAAAUUAAGCGAAGAAGAUUGUGGCGCUUGCAAAGAACUCCCGCUGCAGAUGGACGAAGGAGACCUGGAACGAUUAUACAACGUCAAUACUACCAUGGUUACAGAUGAAUUUCUCUAUGCUGAUUGGCCUUUAGUUGUUACUGACCCCGUGCGUGAUUGGCCAGUUGAUAAAGAUGGAAAGUUGUUGUUUUCAUUGAAGAUGGUGAAAGAGCUCUAUACGACGAAUCCGUCUUUGGUGGAAGGAUCUGAACUUGACACUUGUGAAUUUUUUUCAACAAUGGAGGAGAGCAAGAACAUCUAUGAUUACAUUAAAGCGCUCAACGAAGAUACCCUCCCAACAAAAUAUCACGUGGCUUGGGAGAAUUGUCAACCGUCUGCAGCAAAGGUAUUUCGAUUGUACACUAAGAGACCAUACUUCCUUCCAGCGAUGGCUGAAUCUUCGAAAUCCAAUCAAAUCAUCGUUGCCAAGGGUGAUUUUGACGGCGAUGUAUUUCAUAUUCCACAGCAAGUCGAUUCCGCUUCAUGGAUAGUCGUUUUGACAGGACGAAUGAUGAUUCACUUGGUACCGCAUGAAGAAUGUAAUAGUUACAAUUGCAAAGAAGUUUCUUUUGUUUUGUCAGCUGGUGAAGCAAUGCUUGUCUCUACGCGUAUUUGGACGAUCAAUUAUUCUCCGUCGACCGACGAUGUGACGUUAGCAUUCUCUUCGACUGUCGUCUGGGAUGACGUUUAGAUGACGUGUAAGGCUGAUAGCUCCAGAAGCAAAUAACAUGGUUGAAUUUGCUUCUAACUUUAAAAGACACGUAUAUUUUUGUAUUGGUUAAGCAGUGCUCUCGUCUCGUUCUCGUUUAUUGUUAAGGUUUUCACAGUUACACAAUCUACUUUGUUUUGUUUUUAAACUUUUUGUUUGCACGUGCUCGUAUAUAUUUAGCAUUUUUAACUUUAUUUUGUAAGGGAUAAUUUUUAAUCUUUUUUAUGGGAAGUAUAUUUUGGUAAAUUUGGAGUGGAAAUAGAUAUUUUUGUUACAAUUUUGUACUUUAAUAUUCUAUUUUUUUAUUAUUUUAAGUUACAAUUGAAUUGAAGGUUGUUUUAUGUUAAAAAUUUGAAAUUUAACUUUUC